CAGGUUCAUCCUAUGACGCAACACUCUGUGAGCAAAGUAAAGAAAUGGGAACCCAGCGGCUCUUCUGGAAGUUUCUUGGGGUCAUCAGAUGCUGUGAAAGUUUCGCAUGAUUCGGGCUCUUCGGAUGUGGCCCCUCUCAUACCUGUGCAAGACGAUACAAUCGUUCAAAGUGCUGAGAACGCAGGACUCAUUUUGGGCUUCGAUACCCGACUGUUCCGAAACCCCUCGAUCGAAACGGGCAAAGGCAUCGCUCAGAAGUUAUCGAUCCGCACACUCGAAUCCAGUAAAAAUCUUAGCCAGCCACAGAGUCGAUUUUCCAUCAAUGCCGGAGGCGCAAGGAGUAUAGUACGAACGCUUUCGUCGAAAAUUCGGAAAAUCGCAUCUUCUGAGAACGUCAGUCCCAAACUCGAGGAUGAGAAAUCCAAGCCCUCCUCAUCUUUCAGGAGCAAAAGCAGUCGCUUAUUAUUUCGGUCCCUUCGGCGCAACAGAGGCUCAACAAAAUCAAAACAAAAUAAAAAAUCCUCAUUCUCAUCCCACCGAUCCCUCGUUAAAAACUCUCCUUCCGGAAGAAAAGUGUGUCUCUGCCCGUGCCACAAGUUUCCCUCGAAAAUCCCCUCACAGAAGAGGAUCCCAUCUCUUAAAAAUCAAACCAAAUCCAAAAGCACCCCCCAGAGAUCCCAAACCGUAAAUCCAAUGAAAAACCACCCCGCGUCUCCACAAUCUCAUACGCGCCGCCCGGAUCACCCGAAUUUUUCCCCUAGCUUUGACCCUCAUCCCUUCUCCCCUUCUCGUCGUUACCCUAAUCGCUAUCCCCCAUAUCACUCCAACCAUCCCCCAUAUCACUCUAACUAUCCCCCAUAUCACUCUAACUAUCCCCAUAGACUCCGUCCUCGUCCCCACGAUAACCCGUCACCUCCACCUUACCCUCAAGAUUUCCCGCUGGGUCCGUCCCGAAUGAAUUACCACAACUUGGGCUUGUCGGCGAGCAAAGUCGGCAAAAAGUUGCGACGUAGACGGCGCCAUAGCCAUAUCUGUUGCGGGGAGGAUAGUGACAGCGAUACCAGCAAUGGGGACAACGAGGCCCCCUCAGCUGACCCAGGCUGUUUUCCUUGUUGUUGUGACGACAACUGUAGCGGUGAUGGUGGUGAUAAUAAUGGGGGUGAGUGCUGCGCAUGGAUGACCGGAUUCUUCACCGGGGAAUGCAUUGGCAAUUGUUUUAAUCAGUGCGAGAGUUGCUGCACUUGCUGCUGCGACGAUGGAUGCAUCGACUGUUGCUGUGAUGCCCUGUCAAGAGUCAACUGUGACGACAACAUAUGACCUCCAGCAAGAAUAAGGUCUUGUCUCCGCGGGACAUUCUCACGGGAUAUGUCCCGAGUUCAAAUCGCAGCAGCCUGAUUGUUGGAAUGUUUUGCUUGUCGCAACGACAUGGAUGACAUAGGUUAA